AUGUCUAAUCUAAGUUGUUACAAUCCUGUUGCGAUUUGGAUCAAAAAUCGUGAGUCUUAUGUGAAGCAAAUAGGGAACGUUGUCCUGCGUAUACAGUCCGGAUAUCAUUUCGGUGAAAACUUCAGAGGUAUCGCCGAAGGCAAAGGUGAAUUAACAGACAGUAAUUGGGAUUUCAUACUCCAGUUUAAACCAACUAUUAUUGAAAUCAAUCAUGCUGCAAGCCCUGUAUCAGAUUUUUUGAAAUCUGUUGAUCUGUUCCCGGAACCUGAGACUAGCUUAUUCUUUGAAAAAGUGAAAGUAGUUUCUGUUAAUUCUUCGUACAUCACAUCUGAGCAGCUUUUGAGUAUACUUGGGAAGGUAACUCUUCUACAAGGUUUUUCCUGCAAAGAAGCCACCUUCACAGAAGAAGAGUGGGUCAAAAUAACCGCUGAGCUACGAAGACUAAAUCUGAGAGCCGUCAUCAGUUCUGAUAACAUCUUCAGACAUCUAUUGAACAAAUAUGAUGUCGAACUUCUUGUUAUUCCCACGGGAAUUUCCUUAGAAACCAUUGAGAGUUCCCAAACAGAAUAUGUAACUAUUACAAGCUUGUUCGUAGAAGGCUUGGAAAACGGCAUUGAUGGAGAGGCGGAGAAAUUCUUCGAGCUUCUGCCUAGAAAAUUCCCACGAGUUUCGACAUUAGUAUUCGAUUGGAGUUUGGUUGACACUUUCACCCUGUUCGACAAAAGAACUGAAGAUGUGAUUGCUACUGUGGCAUCCAUUUUCAGACGAAUGAACUUCGAAGCUUUAGCAAUAACAUUCUAUUCCCCAUGUGAAGAUACAAAGCAAGCCGUUGAGCAGAUCUCGAGAUACCUAAAAGGGCAAUUGCCAAAUGUCCAAUUGUUCAAAUAUUCAACUAAAGGAUUCAAAUCUGCUGAGACAAACCUGAGUAUAAUUACCGCUGGUCAUUCAACUACCAAGUUGGAUUUGAUUAAGAGGGCUUUUGUUGAUGGGAUGACAUCUCUACCAGACUUAUCGCGUAUCCUCCCCCUCAUCACUAAUGAGGAUGUUCCCUCGCUGGAUUCCACAGUUAUGGAUUUUGGUGGCUUAAAUCGCGAUGCAGUCAAAAAACUAUUCGAAGAUAAACAAAAAGAGAGAAAUGCUGAGAAUUAA